AUGGAACAACUUCUUGGGACCUGCCCCGCCCACACCGCCAUGGAGCUGGCAGGGGCUUUUAGUGAGCCAUGGAGGGAAAUACCAUGGAGAGACAAAGACAGAGAGCUGCAGUAUGUGAAGAAUUACAAACCCUACAGAGACGACAUCCAGCAUCUGAGAGUCCUGCUUUAUGGUCCAGUUGGAGCUGGAAAAUCCAGUUUCAUCAGCUCUGUUGACAGUGUCUUACAAGGCAGAAUCACAACCAGAGCUUUGGUCGAGGCAAACUCUGGUCCAUGUCCCUCCAGGACGUACAAGACCUACAAAAUCCAAAAAGGACAGCCUGGAGACUUCUACCCUUUUGUCUUCAAUGACACUCUGGGUCUUCAGAUGGGGGAGGACAGUGGAGUCCAUCCAGAAGACAUCAAACUGGCCAUGAAGGGACAUAUGAGAGACGGUUACAGGUUCAAUCCUGGAUCUAAACUGUCGUCAAAUGACAGUCAGUAUUACAACGCAGAACCAACUGUAAAUGACAAAGUUCAGGUUCUGGUGUAUGUUGUACCUGCUGACACAGCAGCUCAACAGGAAGAAGACCAUGUGAAGAAGAUAAAGGACAUCAGAAGGACAGCCUGUGACCUGGGAAUUCCCCAGCUGGCUGUCAUCACCAACAUUGAUUCAGCCUGCACAGAGAUCCAUAAAGAUCUGAAGAAUGUCUAUAAGAGCAAGUACCUGAAGAAAACGAUGGAGGAAUUCAGUGAUUCGGUGGGAAUUCCAAUGAACUGCAUAUUUCCUGUGAAGAACUACCAGGAAAAAAACGUCGUAAACGAUGAUGCUGAUUCUCUGAUUCUGAGUGUCCUGAGACGGAUCAUCGACUUUGGAGAGGAGUUCAUCAACGACAUGGAAACCUAA